AUCAAUGCCAUUCAUCUGCUUCCAUCUUUCGCCAUAACCGAUUGAAGUCUCAGUUCGGCAGUACGUACUCUCAAUAAGCCACGCAACAACUCUCAGCCACCAUGGUACAAUCGAUGCCCGCUCAACUUCUUAGAAGGGACGAGGAAGUCCCCUCUCGCAGUUCCAGAAUGGAUGUAAUUGAUAGCGAAAACGAUCCAAGCAUUGGCAACCUUUCCAUCGAGGCAAUCAAAAUAGGCGAGGAAGACGAAGAUAGCAAAAUGAUUCUGAGCGAGGAAAACAAUGUUCAGGAAAAUCAACAAUGCCCUCUUCAAGAAGUCCAAAACAACACUGCGAUGAACAACUCGUCCCCUGCACAUGGUGUAUCUUCGAGCACAGAAAAGAUCUCAUUGUCACUGGAACGUUGCAAAGACCCAUCUGAUUUUUUCGAUCCCAAUGAAACCAAUCGCCCUACCAUCAAGAGACAUGCCAGACACACUUGCGUGUUCAGGCAUAGUCCUCAUAAUCAUAGCCCGGAAGAUUGCCAUCUAUGGACUCUCAAUCAAGUUGACACUGUCUCCUUGGGUUCCAACGCAAAUGAUGAAAAUGACAACGACGGCACGAUGUCAAUCGAACCAGAGCUCGAUGACGAAGACAAUGUAAUGUACUUGGAAGUUGGAACGGAACACAGUGGUGUUCUUGCCAGUCCGACAGCCUACUUCCUGGGUGUUAUGAACGGCCUACCAGUUCUCCACGAAGAGAAUGAAGAGGAAACGACCAACAGGAAUGUGCCAAAGUGUGAAAAUGCUGAGAAAAGUGAGAGCACAUUCGACUCGUUUCAGCCGAUAAUUGAAGUCAGAAAAGAGCUUCUACCUGUCGUACGUGAAGGUGACUACGAAGAAGACAUUGUGGCUUCACCCACAGGUGGCACUUCACGAAGAGCGACUAAGGAAAAGGAAGAACUGAGAAACGAAGAAUCCAUGUCUAUGUUUCCAUUCGAUGAAGAAGAUUACUAAAGGCUUCGGUCGCAGAGAGGUGUCCACGCAGUAGAGAGAUGUUAGCGGUGCGUGUUGGGAAUGCUUGGCAUGUUGGCCAAACUGAUUUGGAACUUGAAAUACGCUUUUUCAAUUACAGGUACAUGUAUUCGUUUUAGCUGGCAGCAUUCUGUCGGAGAUGGUAGAAUCGGGAGGUAGAUGAGAACUAGCUGGUAGUACAAUUGUGGUAGUUAUGAAGGUUUCUAAAGCUAAGAUAGAUAGACCAAUGUCGCCUAGCU